GAUGCAGUAUCAAAGAAGCAGCUCUUGAUCUCACACUCUACUUCCUGAGAGAGAUGAAGCAAGAUGAAGAUGCUAAUACUUUAGAAGAUGAGCUGAUCUUUGUUCAUCAGCUAAAAUGUAGCCUAAAGAAAAAGUAUCAAUGUGUAUUUGAAGGAAUUGCAAAGCAAGGUGACUCUACACUUCUGAAUAACAUCUACACAGAUCUCUAUAUCACUCAGGGUGGUAGUGAACAGGUCAAUACUGAACAUGAGGUAAGACAGAUUGAAGUUACUUCCAGACAUUCUGAAUCACAAGAGAUACAAAUUGAGUGCACAAACAUGUUUGAAGCACCUGAACAAGACAAGCAGGUCAGAACUGUACUGACAAAAGGAGUUGCUGGAAUCGGAAAAUCAGUCUCUGUGCAAAAGUUUGUUUUAGAUUGGGCUGAAGGAAAAGAAAAUCAGAAUAUCAGCUUCAUAUUUCCUCUUCCUUUCCGGGAGAUGAACUUAAAGGAAAAAGAAAAACAAAGUUUGUUGGACCUUAUAACUCAGUUUUUCCCAGAGACAAAAGGACUGAACAUUGCAAGAAGAAACCAAAAAGUCCUGUUCAUUCUUGAUGGAUUGGAUGAAUUUCGUCUUCCUCUGAAGUUUGAUGUUAAUGAGACAUGGUCUGAUGUCUCAUCACCAGCAUCUCUGGAUGUUCUCCUCACAAACCUCAUCAAGGGAAAUCUGCUUCCUUCUGCUCUCAUCUGGAUCACCACCAGACCAGCAGCUGCCAGUAAGAUUCCUUCUGACUAUAUUGAUCGGUUGACAGAGGUACGAGGGUUCAAUGAUGCACAGAAGGAGGAGUAUUUCAAAAAAAGAUUUGAAGAUCAGAAUCAGGCCAAAGAAAUCAUUGAUCAUGUUAAACAAUCAAAGAGUCUGUUUAUCAUGUGUCACAUCCCAGUCGUCUGCUGGAUUUCAGCCACUGUUCUCCAGAACAUUUUGUUUGAAAAAAGAAAUAAUGAUCUGAAAAACUAUCAGGGUGAUGAUGCCUCCAAAACACUGCAGGAAUCAAACACUGAAGACACUCCUAAGACUCUGACACAAAUGUACACACACUUUCUCAGAUUUCAGAUCCAGCAGAGCAGACGAAAGUAUGAUGGAGAAUACACACCAGAUACUGCCAUGGACAAUGCACUUAAGAGUACCAAUGGACACCAGGACCCUUUCCUUCACUUGCUUUUUGUUCUGCUACUCCAGCCCAAAUCCCCAAAAAACAUGAUUGAUUUGCUCAAGACUGCAGUGGACAAGGCACUCGAGAGUGACAAUGGACACCUGGACCUUUUCCUUCGCUUCCUUCUUGGUCUGUCACUCCAGUCCAAUCGGCUACUCUUACGAGGUCUGUUGACACAGCAAGAUGACAAUGACCAGAGCAAAAAGGAAAUAGUUCAGUACAUCAAGCAGAAAUUAGAAGCUAAUCUGUCUCCAGAGAGAUCCAUCAAUCUGUUCUACUGUCUGAAUGAACUGAACGAUCAAACUCUGGUGAAAGAUAUUCAGACUCACCUUAGCAAAGGAAGUCUGUCAUCUUCUGAUCUUUCUCCUGCCCAGUGGUCUGCUUUGACCUUUGUGUUGUUGACAUCAGAGGAGGAGCUGGAGGAGUUUGAGCUUCAGAAAUUCAAGAAGUCAGACGAGUGUCUUACUCUGACACAAAUGUACACACACUUUCUCCGCUUUCAGAUCCAGCAGAGCAGACGAAAAUAUGAUGGAGAAUACACACCAGAUGUUUCCUGGGAUAAAGAUGCCAUCCUUUCACUGGGGAAACUGGCAUUUCAACAGCUGGAAAGAAACAACCUGAUCUUCUAUGAUACAGAUCUGGAAGCCUGUGGUAUUGAUGUCUAUAAGGCAUCAGUGUAUUCAGGCAUGUGUACCCAGAUCUUUAAGGAGGAAACAGGGAUCAUUCUUGGUACCAUGUACUGCUUUGUUCACUUGAGCAUUCAAGAGUUUAUUGCAGCCCUUUAUGCACAUCUGUUUCUAGACAUCAACAAGAAAAGUGUGUUUGGUUAUGACCCAACUAUGACUGAUUUUCUCAAGACUGCCAUGGACAAUGCACUUAAGAGUACCAAUGGACACCAGGACCCUUUCCUUCACUUGCUUUUUGUUCUGCUACUCCAGCCCAAAUCCCCAAAAAACAUGAUUGAUUUGCUCAAGACUGCAGUGGACAAGGCACUCGAGAGUGACAAUGGACACCUGGACCUUUUCCUUCGCUUCCUUCUUGGUCUGUCACUCCAGUCCAAUCGGCUACUCUUACGAGGUCUGUUGACACAGCAAGAUGACAAUGACCAGAGCAAAAAGGAAAUAGUUCAGUACAUCAAGCAGAAAUUAGAAGCUAAUCUGUCUCCAGAGAGAUCCAUCAAUCUGUUCUACUGUCUGAAUGAACUGAACGAUCAAACUCUGGUGAAAGAUAUUCAGACUCACCUUAGCAAAGGAAGUCUGUCAUCUUCUGAUCUUUCUCCUGCCCAGUGGUCUGCUUUGACCUUUGUGUUGUUGACAUCAGAGGAGGAGCUGGAGGAGUUUGAGCUUCAGAAAUUCAAGAAGUCAGACGAGUGUCUUGUUAGAUUAUUAUCAGUCAUCAAAACCUCCAAAAGAGCUCUCCUGAAUGAUUGUGACUUAACAGACAGAAGCUGUUCAGCUCUGGCUACAAUUCUUGGAUCAGAUACCAAUCUGAAAGAACUGAACAUGAACAAUAAUAAUCUGCAGGAUUCAGGAGUGAAGCUGCUCUGCACUGGAUUGGAGAAUAUAAAGUGUGAACUGGAGAUACUGAGGUAA